GUCGAUUGGCGAGUACAUACCAUGUACAUACAAACAACGUAGCGGUUGCCGUGAUGGACGUGAUGCAUGCGUGUCGCUGCUGCCUGCGGCGUGCUCCGGACAAGGACCUGAUGACGCCGUACACACAUCUCGGCAUAACGGAGAUGUAUGCCGACAUGAUCAAAGAGAGCUUCGAUAUACAUCUGGUGCUAGGCGGCUCAAGCUCGUGCGGCAUCUGCUCAAUGUGUGUGUGCCGCCUGCGAGACGCGUGCGCCUUCAAGCUGCAAGUGCAGCGCAGCCAGGAGGAGCUGCAGGCGCUGCUGCAGGAAGAGAACAUCAAAGAGGACGAAUCUGCAGUCGAGGCAGAAUAUCCAGAAAUGCAGGAUGAAGACGGGGCCAGUGAGCCUGUAUCUGGUGAAGAGCCCCCCCUCAAGCUAGAGACACUGGAUGCAUGGAUGGACGGGACACCUGAUGAAAUACUGCAUGACAUGCUCCGGUUAAACAUGGCGGCCGGAGGGGCGAGCGGGGAGGAUGAGCCGCUGUCAGUGCCCGACGCCCGCGCCAGGGAGCAGCUCGCGAAGGCUUGUUCCGUGGUGCUCGAGCGCCUCCGCGACGACGCGACUGUUCACAGUGGAGACAAACCAUACACAUGCGAACACUGUGAUGAUACACACUGGGGCGAAGCCAUUGAAAUGUAG